UUCAUCCAGCUCUGCUCUGUGUUUAUAAACCCAGUCUCGGUGGUGACAUCAGCAGCAGGGCUGAAGGUUUGUCCUCCUCCUCCAGGAUAAAAGCAUGAGGUUCAGUCUGCAGAGCAGCUGAGGAGCUUCUCCUGUUCUCCUCCUGCUGCUGCUGGAUCUCCAUGCUGCUCCUCCUCCUCCUCCUCCUCCUCUAGACCGCUUACUGUAUCUCUCUGAGGAACAACACACGCAGGAUCCGCACGGACCAUAGGAAGGGCAGACAGAGGAAGGAGGGAAACACAGCGCAGCCUCUUGUGGUGCGUUAUGUUGGGCAACAGAAAGAAAGCAGCCCCGGUGGUGAAGAAUGGAGCCGGGACGUCCGAGUCAAAGGCCAUCGAUCCUCUGAGGAACCUGGGAGUGCAGGAUGAUGAAGACGUGAAGCGGAUGUUGCAGGGCUCCAGUAUGAUAAAGGUCCGCUCGCCUCGCUGGCAGAAGCGACGAACUCUGAAGCUGAUGGGAGAUGGUGUCACUGUCUGGUGUCAGUCCCACAAGACCUCCAGCUGGGCCAAGGAGCAACAAUCCUUCUCUGUCCUGGAGGUGGAGUGCGUUCGCGAGGGUUGCCAGUCGGAGACGUUGCGGCAGAUGGUCGGCACGGUACCCGAGCAACGGUGUUUGACGGUGGUCUUCAAAGGGCCCCGCAAAAGCCUGGACCUCCUCUGCCAGAGCCAGGAGGAGGCUCAGCAUUGGGCCCGCGGCAUCCGAACCCUGCAGGAGAGGGUGGAAAACAUGACCCAGAAAGAGAAACUUGACCACUGGAUCCAUGCCUACUUGAGUCGGGCCGACCAGAACCACGAUGAUAAGAUGAGCUAUGAAGAAGUCCAGACACUGCUGCAGAUGAUCAAUAUUGACCUGAGUGACCAGUACGCCCGUAGCCUCUUUCAGAAAUGUGACCAGUCAGCCGACAAUCGUCUGGACCACGGAGAGAUCGAAGUGUUCUGCAGGGAGUUGCUGCGGAGACCAGAGUUGGAUGCUGUGUUUAUCCGCUACUCUGCCAACGGCUGUGUGCUUUCCACUGUGGACCUGAGGGAUUUCUUGAAGGACCAGGCGGAGGACGCUUCAGUCACCCAUGCCCAAAGCCUCAUCCUCACCUACGAACUUAAUGAGUGGGCCCAGAAGAACCAGUUCAUGACCCCCAAUGGUUUCACCAUGUACAUGCUGUCUAAGGAGAACUGUGUGUUUAACCCGGAACACGCCAGGGUUUACCAAGACAUGAAACGCCCUCUGGCACACUACUUCAUCUCGUCCUCCCACAACACCUACCUCACUAAGGACCAGCUGACUGGGGACAGCAGCACAGAGCCAUACAUCAGAGCCCUGAAUCAUGGCUGCCGCUGUGUGGAGCUGGACUGUUGGGAUGGAGAUAAAGGAGAGCCGGUCAUCUAUCAUGGACACACACUCACCUCCAAAGUGCCCUUUGUUGAAGUCAUUGCAACUAUCAAUGACUAUGCUUUUAAGGCGUCCCCUUACCCUCUGAUCCUGUCCCUGGAGAACCACUGCUCUGUGGAGCAGCAGGCAGUAAUGGCUCGACACCUGCGAUCCAUCCUGGGAGACAAGCUGCUCACCAAGCCCCUCAAUGGUUUGGAUCCUCACCGUCUGCCUUCUCCAGAGGAUCUUAAGGGUAAAAUCCUGGUGAAGGGGAAGAAGGAGGUGGUGGAGGAGUGCUCGUCCAGCUCUUCAGACCUCAGCUCCUCAGACGAGGAGGCCAGCCGCGCCGAAGGCAAACCCAGCGGAAAGAAACAGGACAAGAAGCCUCAGCCAGGUGUAUCUAAGCUGAGUCCAGAGCUGUCAGAGCUGGUGGUGUACACUCGCAGUGUUCCCUUUAAGAGCUUCGAACAAGCAGCCAAAAACCCAGCAACGGACAUGUCCUCUUUCGCUGAAAGUGAAGCGCUCAGGCACGUUAAGGACUCAGGGAUGUCUUUCGUUCGUCACAACAGCCACCAACUCAGCAGGAUUUACCCUUCAGGCCAACGCCUCCAGUCCUCCAACUACAACCCUCAGGAGAUGUGGAAUGGAGGCUGUCAAGUUGUUGCUUUGAAUUUUCAGACACCAGGUGAGCAGAUGGACCUAAACCAAGGCAGGUUCCUGCAGAAUAGUCAGUGUGGGUACAUGUUGAAGCCUCCCUUCAUGUGCCAGCCUGAUACCACCUUCAACCCGGAGAAUGUUGGUGGAGGGCCUGGCCACAGACCUGUCCUGCUUACUGUUCGGGUUCUUUCAGCGCAGCAGCUACCUAAACCAGAAUGGGACAAACCCACCUCAAUUGUCGACCCUCACGUGUGGGUGGAGAUACACGGAGUUCCCAUAGACAUCAAUAAGAAGAAAACUCCUCAUGUCGACAACAAUGGCUUUAACCCACGAUGGGACUGUACCUUCAACUUUACCGUCCAUGUUCCUGACCUGGCACUGGUUCGCUUCUUGGUGGAGGACCAUGACUAUACCUCAAGCAAUGACUUCUUAGGGCAAUUCACCCUGCCGGUUACGAGUCUCCGCACAGGUUAUCGCCAUGUCCGACUGCUCAAGGUGGACGGCUCCAGCCUCUCGCCGUCCUCCCUCUUCGUCCAUCUUAAGAUCACCCCGUGUCAGAGCAGUCCAUCAAAAUCAUCAGCUAAAUCACCGGCCAUGUCUUCAACCAAGAAACCCUAAUCCCAUCUCCACCCCAUACAGUAGCUCAAUGAAGCAGGGAAGCCACCAUGGGAAGAUCCCCAGGUAUAUCUGCCUGGAUCUAGGAAAAAAAAAAGAUCUGGGCCCUGAUUCAUAAAAUGCAAUGGUUAUAACCUUGUCUUACAAACGUUGCAGCUAUAUCCUCAACCUGUCUAUAUUUUAUGGAAUAAGAGGAUUGGGUUGUGUCUCCUUAAUCCCUUGUUUAAUGGAGGUUUGAAUUUACUGACAACCAAUUGAACCAGCCUGCAGAAGUCUAUUAAUCUACUAGACUAUGACCAAAGUUUGGUGCUAGAUUUUGUCUCUAUAUUUUAAACAUAUACGACUCCAAGAUAACCUCUCAAACUUGCUAAAUCUCACACCUUCUGAAGGCAGGACUUCUUUUAACUACAAGUAUCUGUCAACAAUCUACAUGCGACUACUAGGAAGUAUUUCUCUGCUGCAGGGGAUAUCAAACUAAAAUUGUUGUAACUUUGGAAGAUACCCUAACUUAUUAGACAGCCUCAUAUUAACUUUAGACUUCUUACAGUGGAGGCACAUCAGGAAGGAUCUAUUCACAGCCAGUAUGAACAGGACAAAUAUUUACAACAACCACCACCAACAUACAUAUGGCAUGCAGGUAUUGUAUUAGAAUAUGUGAUAAAAUAGUCUAAAAUUGUAAUUUCAAGGUUCACUUUUAAGCUUUCUCUGGAGCUUAUGACCAUAUCAUACUCAGUGUGUUUACAUCCACCUUAGUAACCAGGUUACUCAGAGAAACCAGAUUUCGCAGGUAAUCUGAGAACAUGUUUACAACCGCUGUGGUAACGGUUACUGUAAAUCUGUGUAUUCAUGCAGCAGGACCGUUGGCCUGUCCUACUUCAGCUCUUAGUGCAAAUCUGCAGGCUGUUCUCAUACACUGUUCGUACCCAUACCUACAAAAAGUAAUGCACUAUAAUCUGUGUAUAACCCAUAUAAUCGAUUUGUAUGUAAUCCAAGUAAUCGUGAGGCAGGACAGGUGACGUAGUAUAAAGAGAGAUAAAGUCUGCGUAGGGAGGAGGACGGGGGGGAUGGUUGUUUACCCAGAAGACCGCUGUUAGUGUCCCAUGUGAAACCAGAGGUCAACGUUGACUUAUUUGUGACGGAACUUCCGAAGUUAAGUAACGCCCCUUCUGUAGUUGUUUUAUCCCAAACGUUGAUUUAUUCGUUACGGAACUUCCGUACUUAAGUAACGCCACUUCCGUAGUUAUUUUAUUCCAAGCGUUGACUUAUUCGUUACGGAACUUCUGUACUUAAGUAACGCCACCUCUAGCUAUUUUAACCCAAACGUUGACUUAUUUGUUACGGAACUUCCGUACUUAAGUAACGCCCUUCUGUAGUUAUUUUAACCCAAAUGUUGGUUGACUUAUUUGUUACGGAACGUCUCUACUUAAGUAGCGCCCUUCUGUAGUUAUUUUAACCCAAAUGUUGGUUGACUUAUUUGUUACGGAACGUCUCUACUUAAGUAGCGCCCUGCUGUAGUUAUUUUAACCCAAACGUUGACUUAUUUGUUACGGAACUUCCGUACUUAAGUAAUGCCACUUCCGUAGUUAUUUCAACCCAAACGUUGGUUGACUUAUUUGUCAAGUAACUUUAGUACUCAAGUAAUGACAAUUUGGUAGUUAUUUUAACCCGAACCACGAUCUUUACUUAAACCUAACUAAGUGGUUUUGUUGGGGGUUGCGCAGGCGCACAGAUCGCUCUUGUUACCGGACAUUCAUAGCAAAACACAUGAAAAAUAAACUUUUCGUAAGAUAUCAUACAAACCGUUGUAUGAGGAUACGUCAUAAUCUGAUACCGGGUUCAAAUGUGGCAACUUUUCUAAUGCUAUCUGGCAAAAGCCAUAUGGAAAAUAAUGAUUUUAUGAAGAUGUAACAGAUGUUGCUGUAGUUCUCCAUGAUGAAGAACAUGCUCUGCCUGUCUGACAUGUGCUGUACAAAUGAAGGUCGUAUUGGCAGUUAAAUCCCGUCCCAUUACUUUUAUAAUGUAGCUUAGUGUGUUAUGUUAAAUAGAGAACAUGCUUUGAAGAGAUAACUUUUUUUGUUAAAUGUUUGAUUCACAGUGACUUUAUGUAUUUUAGCUUGACACAAUCUAUUUGUUCAUCCUUUUUAUCAGUGAAUGACCAAACUAUAUUAUUAAGUAGCCAUUUAGAGUUUUUAUACUAUAAAUAGAAUUUACAGUAGAAGUUAUGCAAUAG